AUGACACGGACAGAUCCUCCUGACAUACUAGUAUCAACACUGUACCAAGACAUAAAAUUAUCCCCAAACUCUGGGCCAUCAAAGUAUACAUUGUCAUCCACACAAUGUGAUUCCCAAAUGGUCGGCACGCUGGAGCAAAACUUUGAAACCAUCAACAAAAGGCACUGCCGUAGCUUUGAUUUCAUCGAGUCAUUGGAUGAUCCAAAGAUAUUUUCCUCUUCUAUGGAGUAUCCUUACAGGACUGAACGGCAGACGAUUAAUAAAGAUGUUGCCUGGAAUGGUAUCGGCCAGCAAGGACACUUACGGUUUUCCUCCCCUGAUCUGUUCAAUAGCAGGCUUUCCCAAGCACAGACCAGCACUGACAUGACCAGUGAGGCAGCAAGGAGUGGUCCUCAAGGCAAACAACGAUCAAAAAGUGCCCCUAGAGUUAGGGCCACCCUUACACCAGUACCCAUAACAGUCUCUCCACCCUCAGCCAGGCGGGGUAGAGACACUCAUAGGACUCCAGCUGACACUCAUAAGAGACCUGAAGUGUUACCCCAAAAUAGAGAGGCCUCCCACCCUCCAAACAGGGCUCUGGUCAAUGAAGUGCACCCUAUUAAGCUACAGCCUCAUACACCCCUUUAUGUCUCUGAUUGUUUUGAGGAGACCAUGCAGGACAAACCAGCCAACACUCCUCAUGUCAGGUGCCGUGUGGAUAUUAAACCAGACGCAUCAGUUAUUCAGCAUGCUACAAGAAAGCUACCAACUGCCAGAGCUGAUGUGCCCUGGCAGCGAUAUUCUGCAUCUGGAAUCAGGAGUCUGUCUGUGCCCCGACAGAUAUCUACAUCUCGGACACCAACCCCCACUGAGUGUUAUAACAUGGACUACAGGCAGUAUCCUAACUACAUACCUAGAAGCUACAUUCAACCUGUAGAUAUUCCCUUGGGAAGGGCCUCUCCCAGAGAUCCAAGGGAAUUCAGGGAGUACAGGACUCUAUCUAAUCCUAACAUCCCAACUAAAUUUUUCUAUACUGAGGAUCCUUGCAGGUACCCUGUUCAGCCACCGGGGAGAGCAUACUAUCAGGAUGACCAGUAUAGUAUUAACAGCAGUACCAGCCAAAACCCUUCACUGAGUAGUCAGUACGUACAUGACCCAAGGACUCGAUGGGUUCAUACCAUGCCUGUACGCCCAUAUUACACUGAGCCUCCUCGUGACCCUGUUGAGCCUUUCUAUGGUAGGCCUUACUCGGUGAGUGAGCCUGGGCCAUACUAUGGGCCUGCGUCACAAGCUAGACCAUACUACAGGGAUGAUCCACGAGUAUAUGCAUUCCCAUCUGAGCCUUCAAAGAUUUUCUAUUCAAGACCUUGCCAUUCCCCAUCAGAAUACCACAUUCCAGUUAGAGCUUAUUAUACAGAGGGACGGCGACACCCCCGCUUGUCUCAAGUCUAUGCAGAUGACUGGAGCCGGUCAAGCAUUGCUGGAUAUUCUAGUCAAUACACCUCUUCACAGGUAACCCCACAAAGAGUCCCAGUGCCGACCCCGUGGUUUCCCAAUGAUUUCACAGAGCCAAGUCGACUGGGAACUGAUGUCAGGAACUAUUCAAAAUCCUGGGACAAUAUUCUCACGCCACAUAUGGAAAGGGAGCAUGCAGUUCCACGAGGCCGGAGCUAUGAGAACCUUUUCCAUCAGGCAAGGGCAGGUGUUUCCUCUGACAUCAGACAACAGCCAAUCAUUGUUAACCUUUCGAGUUCACCAAGACGCUAUGCUGCUCUGUCCCUCUCUGAAAAUUCUCUGGAGAAAUGUCCUAGUGAUGGAAGGAACGGCAUGGGACGACAUUGGUUUGUAACCCCAGAAAUUACAAUAACAGAUAAUGACAUCCGCACAGGCAGCAGUAGGAAAAAAGAGGCAAGUUCAGUCAGUUGGGAUAUACCAAAUGGAGUGAGGGUUCAAAAUUCUAAAUUGGAUCAACCAGCAAAUCCACCAGAAAAUACCGACAGGAAACAUAAUAGCUACUCACUUCAGCAGAGUCUUGAGCAACUGGACGAACUUUUAGCAGACCUGGUGAUUGAUUACAAACCCCCAAAUAGCAGAAGGCCAAGUGAGAAUUUACUGGAUCAACUCAAACAGCUAAUUACUGAUGAUGAUGCCAAAGGAGAGAAAAUUGUAGGGCAAGAGGAUUCAGGACUUUUAAACACACAUACAACAUCCUCAAAGACAAGCCCAGACACACCUAAAGACCCAGACAGUGGUUGUGAUGGCUUACAGAGAAGCACUGAGGAACUUUCUUUGAAUCAUAGCACAGAUGAAGAUGACGCCAUGAUAUGUGCCAACAGUAAAUGUCGGCGCAAGGAAACUCUGUUUAAUGCCUGCCUCUAUUUCAAGUCAUGCCACAGUUGCUACACCUACUACUGUUCCCGUAGCUGUCGUCGGGAAGACUGGGACACUCACAAAGAGAACUGUCUCUAUGGACGUGUCAGUAGCAUUUGCAGGCAUAUCCUAAAGCAUUGCAGAGAAAACUCUGAAGUGCAUAAAGCGUUCUCCCGCAUUGCUAAAGUUGGCUACUUGUCUCGAGGCAGAGGUGUCCUCUUCCUGGGGUUUCCAAACACUGGUUCUGCUGAUAACUUUUUGCAAGUUGGUCUUGAGGGCCUCCUUAUGUCUCCCACAUAUUUGUCCCUCCGAGAGUUGGACAGCUUCAAGGACAACUUAGGUGAAUACUGCAAGGAGCUACAGGAGGCUGGAAAGGAAUAUGAUCCCAAUGAAUGUUUCCUCUUGAAUGUAUCCAUAGCUGUAGGUGACAUAGUGCCUAACAGACCCUCACCAAGACUACAAGCACCAACAGUACGUAAAUAUGCUAAGGUGACCUUGGCCUCCUCAAGCCCAGAUAAAAAAGUCUUUAAAAAGGAGACUGACAUGGAGACACUUAUUCUUACGCCACCCCCUGGAACAUCUGACAUUGACAAGGAAGGGGAGGAGGGCAGGAAGGCAAGAGAGAUCUGCUUUAUCAACAUCCAACGAGAGCUCAGGACCAGAGGGGUCUUCCUGCGACACGAAUACCCACAAAUAUACAACCAACUCUGUGAGUUUGUUGAAAACAACAAGAGAUUCACACCGACUACUAUUUACCCCAUAGACAAGAGAACAGGGAAGCAGUUUAUGUGCAUGAUAAUGGCAGCUUCUGAACCAAGAACACUGGACUGGGUUGGUGCACCACACCUGCUAGAUGACAUCAUAUAG